AGCAGAACGAUCUGCUUCGAUCGCAUCGGCCGCUGCGGCGGGUGGGCAAGGAGGGGCUUUCGGCUGGGGAGCGGUCGUGCUUGGCCGGCAGAGGGAGGCAAGCGGAGGGGACAGGGAGCAAGAAGGAGCGAGGUAUAUCUGGUGGGAAAACGUGGAGGGUGAUACCAGAAAUUGAUUAAAGUGACGCAGAGAGGGAUUUCAGUAUACAGUCGGUGCAGCGGAGUACAGGGCAGGCGACUUCUUGCGCAGCGUAGAAGUCGAUGUCGUUGACGGCGUGGCUGCGAAAGAAGAGAAAGAAGGGCGAGUAGAAUGCGCCGGACCCGACCAGAUCAACGUGCCAGGGGAGGAGAAGGACGAGCCUGGAGACAUGGUCGGCGUAGAGGCGGACCGUAUCGACCCUGGUCGCAGGAUGGUCGGAUGGCGCCUCGGCGAUACGAGCUGCUGGCAGUCAAUGCGAAGCAUCGGCUUCGGAAGAGCCGUCAUCUCCAGCGUCACGCUCCUUGGUGCGUCAACAAACUUCACGGCUCGCUGCCCUGUGCCGUCGCCACUUUCCUUCUUCAACACGACGCUCUCAGCAUCACGACCUCCCAUCCUCUGCAACCUCCUGCAAAUCCUUCUUUCGCACUCCAGCAAUGCUCCAGCCAGUAGCCCCACAGCGACCAGCAGGCCAGCAUACACCCCCAUUAGCACCCAAAGCCUCUUGGAGCACUUCGCCGCCUCGACUGCGGAUCCUGCGGGCCCGAUGAUGGCCUUGCAGCCUGAGAUGAGCCGGUCGCGAGGGAUAAAGAGGAGGAGAAGUUGGGUGAUGCCGGUCAUGAGGGCUACGGCCAGGGGACAGAAGGGAGUCAGCGAAAGGUGCAGGAGAAGAGAGCGUAUCGGUGGGGAUGGGCAAACUCACCACCACCCCACGCUGCACCCAACACGACGCAGAAGAAGGCCAGGCCCAGCCUCGCCAUCCGGCGACGUCGCUGGCAUCGCGCGACGAGCAGGCCAAGACUAGCUAUGCACCCUACCAGACUGCCUGACGCCGUCACGAGGGUCCAUCCCGCUUGAACUGCAGUAGGAGUCGCAAGGCGCGGCUUGAGCAUCGGGGUCUCUCGCACAUCGUCGUCCGUGGCGGCCAAUAGAUUGAGGCGCACAAAUGUAGCGGAGGGCCGUG